CUUUGUAAAAAUAAUCAAAGUUCUAAAGUAAGAACAUAAAAUCAAGUGAGUCAAGUAGCUAAACGAGUCUGAGUCUAACUCGGUGCGCACACACACAAGAGAAACAACAGUGUGUGUGUAAGGAUUGAGGAUCGGAAAACAUGGCGGUGAGGGCCACAGUGUCACGGUUCCCGAUUGACACCGACGCACGCGAAGGCUCCGGCCUCCUAUGGGGAGUAACCGUCACACCCUUUGCCGCCUCCGACGAAAACGGUCAAUCUCCGGCAUACGGAUCCGGCGGCGACCUCUUACCCCGUUGCGAGAAUUGCUGGGCUUACUUCAACACUUACUGCGAACUUGAACAAUGGUCGUGGUCUUGCUCCCUCUGUGGAAACCUCAACGGCCUCUCUUCAGACGCCAUCGAACGCUAUUCUCGUCCUCAAUCUUGCGCUGAGAUGAUGUCUUCAUUCGUAGAUCUCGAAUUGCCUCCGCAAGAAGAAUCUGAUGAAGCUGCAUUGGAAGCUUGUCCUGUUUAUGUUGCUGCCAUUGACUUAUCAUCUUCAGAGGAGUUUCUGGAGCUCACGAAAAGUGCAUUGCUGGCAGCUUUGGAAGCUCUUGCUCCUGGUUCACUUUUUGGGCUUGCCACCUUCAGCCACAAACUAGGACUGUAUGAUGUUCAAGGUCCAAUACCUGUUGUGAAAAAUGUUUUCAUCCCUCCUGAGGCAGAGGGAACCUUAACAAUUGAGCUUGAAGAUGUCAUGCCUUUGUUACAGUUUCUGGCUCCCGUGGACACUUGUAAGGACCGUAUUGCAUCAGCACUUGAAACACUUAGACCAACAACUUCAUGGGAGAGAACCACAGCAGCAGGUCAAGGACUGGAGGGUGUUCUGCUAGGUGGGCGUGGUUUUGGGGUGGCAAUGGAAGCCCUCUGCGGUUACCUUGGAUCUGAAUAUGGAAACACUUUUGCAUUAGCUAGAAUCUUUGCAUUCUUGUCUGGUCCCCCUGAUUAUGGGGCUGGACAAUUGGACACAAGACGAUAUGGUGAGCAAUAUGCAAGCCAAAGGAAGGAUCCAGAUCGCGCUUUACUCCCAGAGCAGACACCGUUUUAUAAAGAUUUGGCUGCUGUUGCUGUUCAAGCAGGUGUAUGUGUUGACGUAUUUGCUGUAACAAACGAGUACACUGAUUUGGCGUCCCUAAAAUUUCUGAGUAUUGAAAGUGGGGGCUCCUUAUUUUUAUAUACAAGUACUGAGGAUUCAACGUUGCCUCAGGACAUGUAUCGAAUGCUGAGUAGGCCAUAUGCUUUUGGUUGUGUCCUGCGAUUAAGAACCUCAACUGAAUUUAAACCUGGCAAUUCUUAUGGUCACUUCUUUCCAGAUCCACAGUAUGAAAAUGUUCAACACGUCAUAUGCUGUGAUUCUUAUGCUACAUAUGCUUAUGACUUUGUGUUUGAGAACAACAUUGGAUUUUCAAGAAGUAAAUCAGACGUUCCUACACUCCAGAUUGCAUUCCAAUACUCAGUUGUAGUUCCUCCCCAGGAGCUUUCCAAUUCAGGAGGGGUCUCUACAAGCAGAACCAAGCAUCAUUCCCUUCAACGCCGGCUAAGGAUCCGAACAGUGCAGUUCGGUGUUGCUCAGAACAUUCACGAACUUUAUGACAGCUGUGAUCCUGAAGUUGUUCUAUCGUUGCUCGUGCACAAGGUUAUACUUGCGUCUUUGGAGGAAGGAGUUCGGGAGGGUAGACUCUUGCUUCAAGAAUGGCUAGUGAUCCUUGCAGCACAGUACAAUGAUGCUUAUAAACUUGUUCAGUAUAGUAAUGGAAAUUCAAUAAGAUCUCAGCUUGAUGUUGCCUUCUCUCAAUGUCCUCAACUGCAGUCCCUACCGCGCCUAAUCUUUGCUCUCCUUCGAAACCCUCUUCUUCGCUUUCAUGAAGAAGGUGUUCAUCCCGACUACCGCAUCUAUCUGCAAUGCCUUUUUAGGUAAUUGAUGCUCUCAUGUUUAUUU